UCUCAGUAAUCCCAUGUGUCCUCGCGAGCCAGACAAACCGAGCACGUACGCCCCCACUCCGCCUCAGAAAAAAAACCGAGGGAGAGAAGAGGAGGAGGAGGAAGAGAAGAAUCGCGAGCGCGAAGAGUGGAGAUCCAAAUCGGCGCGAAAGGAGGCCCCGGUCGCCUCGCCCGCGAGGAAAUCCUCCGCGCGAUCGAGAGCAAACCAGUUGGGGCUUAGAGAAGUCUAAGGAAUGGAAUUGAAUAAUGCCACCGACGAAAGUAACUCAAAAGACUCUUCUGCAAAUGCUUCUUCAUCUCCAACAGGAAGUCCAGAAACUUCUGUGGAUUUACCAACUCCCCCUGCAACCAAGGAUGUCCCUGACAAUAAUGAUCACGAGGAACCAAGCGGACAUGAAGAUAAGUCAGCCCUAGCAGCAAUUGAGAACUUUAAUUCGCUUGUAGUUUCUGCUGAUUUAACAGAGCACCAUGUGGAAUCAAAUGGCCCUUCAGAUAGUGGUCCUGAAAUGCCCUCUAGUUCAGGACCAACUGAGGCAUUCACAAACUUAACAAAUGGUAAGGAAGAUCAUCCUUCUUCAGCAGAUGCAAUUGAAGCGAACCAUAUCCUUGAUAUUGUUUCAAAUGGUGCUGGAACUAUGGCAACAGAUGGGAUGAAAUCUAAAGAGGACCAAAUAUAUUAUCAAACAGACAUUGCUAUAAAUCCAAAAAGGGCAGAAGACUCGGAAACAAGACCUGAAAGUCCAUACAGAGGCCUUAUUGACACUACUGCACCUUUUGAGUCCGUUAGAGAAGCUGUCACCAAGUUUGGGGGAAUUGUUGAUUGGAAAGCUCACAAAGCUCUGAUGAUCGAGAGACGCAAGCUCAUACAACUUGAACUUGAGAAGGUUCGAGCAGAAAUUCCAAGUUGCAAGGAGGAACUAGAAGAUGCUGAAAUGGCUAGAUCACAAGUACUUGGUAAGCUAGAGUACACUAAGAGGCUCAUUGAGGAGCUGAAGCAUAAUCUGGAGAAAGCACAGACUGAAGAAGUUCAGGCGAAACAGGAUUCUGAGCUUGCGCAACUCAGGGCACAAGAAAUUGAACACGGCAUAGCUGAUGAAGCUAGUGCAAUAGCCAGGACGCAAAUGGAAGUCGCAAAAGAAAGACAUAAAAAGGCUGUUGCUGAACUUAAGUCAGUAAACAAAGAGCUGAGGUCAGUACGCAAACAGUAUGCUACCCUAAUCAAUGAAAGACAUACAGCAAUCAAAAGAUCAGAGGAAGUUAUAUCUGCCAGUAAGGAGAUUGAGAAGCGAGUGGAGGAAUUAACUUUAGAAUUGAUUGCAUCUAAAGGGUCUCUUGAGUUGGCCCAUGCUGCACAUCACGAAGCAGAAGAACAUAGAAUCAGUGCAGCAUUGGCGAAAGAGCAAGACUGCCUUGCUUGGGAGAAAGAGUUGCAUCAGGCACAAGAGGAGCUGCAACAGCUAAACAGUAACCUUCUAUCCAAAUCCAAAAAUGAUAUGAAGCUGAAUAUAGAUGCAAAUUUGCGCAAGUUGCUUAGCCUCAAUUCUGAGUUGGCAGCCUAUAUGGAGCAUAAACUGAGUGAAGAAGCAGAAGAAGUUUCCAAGGAGGAUGAAUCUGAAGAUGCUAAACAAAUCGACAAGUCAAUUAAGGAAACUCUAACUUCCAAACAGAAAGAGUUUCAGGAGGUUAAAGAGAACAUUGAAAGGGCGAAGACCGAGGCCAACUUGUUAAGAUUUGCUGCUACAACACUCAGAUCAGAACUGGACAAUGAGAAAGCUUCACUUGCCACAUUGCAGCAGAGGGAAGCUAUGGCAUCUAUUGCAGUUUCUUCGCUAGAAGCUGAGCUCAACCGGACGAAACAAGAGAUAGAAUCUAUCAGGUCGAAGGAAACAGAUGCCCAAGAAAAGAUGGUGGAGCUUCCUAAGAUAUUACAGCAAGCAACUCAGGAGGCUGAGGACGCCAAGGUGGCAGCUCACUUGGCACAAGAGGAACUGAGGAAGGCCAUGGACAAACUUGAGCAAACCAAGGCUUCUGCAACUACAGCACAGAUCAGAUUAUGUGCUGUUAUGAAAGAAAAAGAAGCAUCCGAAGCAUCUGAGAGGCUAGCACUUGCGGCAGUUCAAGCAUUGCAAGAAAGCAAGGAGGAAAGAGACGUCGAGGAUUCUCCAAGACGAGUGACACUUCCUUUAAGCGAGUAUUAUGAACUUAGCAAGAGAGCACAUGAAGCUGAAGAACUGGCAAAUGGGGUGGUGGCAGAAACAUUGGCACAGGUGGUGUCGGUAAAGGAAUCUGAAUUAAGGAGCUUAGAGAGACUAAAUGAAGCAUCCGAGGAAAUGGAUGAAAAGAAGGAAGCUCUUGAAAUCGCAUUGGAGAGAGCCGAGAGGGCAAACGAAGGGAAACUAGCUGCCGAGCAGGAACUGAGGAAAUGGAGAGCUGACCAUGAGCAGCACCGCAGAGCCCAUGAAGCCGCGAAACGUGCAGUUAAUCCUUUGAGUGGUCCAUCUAGGGUAUUUGUUGAACAGAAGGUUCCUUACCACAACGAGCUGGAAUCGAAGCUGCAGAUGUCAGGAAGUAGUUACGAGGACCUUGCGUCAAAUAAGAAGUUACAGAGGAAGAAAUCAUUCUUCCCGCUAGUGGGUUCAGUCCUAUCCAGGAAGACUCGGGCUCAGACAUGAGAUAAACAAGGUCCUAGGGCUUGGGCAAGCGUACCGUUGUACAUUGGUGUAAUAAGUUGGUUUUUUGUCUUACGGGUUGGUGUCCGGUGUAAGUUGUAAUUUGUUGGUGAAAACACCGGAGGGCAUAUGCUAGUAUGCCUAUAUCAUUUUUUGGGUAACUCGGCAACUCUGGAUAUUUUUUUGAGAAUGUUCAUGUGUAAUGUAGUGAUGAGUAGUUCUGUUCUUU